UUUCUCUCUCUUCCUUUCGCUUUCUCGCUCCUCGUCUUUCUCCAACGAAAAUUUCGCACCGUCAGCCACUGAACCUUCUCAGAAACCUCCGCAAGUAAAUUUCUCUCAACCUGCUUUUUCUUUACACAUACUUUCUCAGUUCUCGCCGCUCAAUUUCUAAUUCCCCUUCCGAUCCGACCAAUUGCGUUUCGAAAUCGGGGAAUCGCGGAGUUGCGCUUCUGCUUCUUGCCAAGUGUGGUUCAUUAAGGUUUGGGAAAAAACGCGUUUUAGGGUUUUCUCCCUUUUUGAGAAUUUUCGGAUUGGAUGUGAUUUGAGGGUGUGGCGAUGGCGGAUGAUGACGUGAACUUUUCGGAACUGUUCGAUGGUGACGAUGACGAUAAUAUGUGCUAUAUCGAUUUAACGACGGUGAUGCAGGUUCUCAAUGAGGAUGACGACCCUCUGCAGCAGAGUAGUCCUGAAGAUUUUUCAUUACAAAAUGGUUCAUCUGGUGAAUCUGGCGUCCAUGAUUCUUUUCAGCUUCAGAAUGUGUGUCAAAUGUUAGAAGAAGAACCGCAUGUUUCUAGGUUGGAGGUGGAUUCAGCCACAGACUGCUCUCCUUUCUGCUCAGAUGUGUCGGAUUCUGGGGCCAAAGAUUCAGUUCAUUUUUCAGUGAAUCCUGUGCUUGAGCAUGAACAUGAAAAUCAGGGACUUCCAAGUCAGGCUUGCUCUUCCACGGAAAAGACAGGGGUUUCUAAAUUUGAGACAUCUAGUUUUGGUAUGGAAACUAGUUUCCCUGAGGCAUAUUCAAACAAUGUAUCAGUCUGUCAGGACUAUUUGAAUAAAAGUACGUGGAAGAGUGGAAAUGAGAGGCAAUUCAAGCAUGUGGGAGAGGAUGUUGAAUCUGAACAUGCUUCUCACAGUUCUAUCAUUGAGAACGGUGAUUUAAAUUUUGAAGAUUGUGUUGAGGAUGCUGUUCGAGGUGCUUAUGGGCAACAAGAAAGUGACUUGUGCACAUCUUUUCAAAUAUCUGAUAUGGAUGCUGAUGAUUCUAUGCAUGCUUCAACUUCAAUUGAUUCGGCUCUUUAUCAAGGUUCCCAUUUUCCUAGCGAUUUGUGUGGUGACUAUGCAUAUCCAAAUUAUCAUCAGGGAGGAACAUAUGAUAGAUCAUUUGCCAAUGACCCUUUAAGGUUUAUCCCUAAUGGUAUCGGUUCCAAGUCAUGGACAAAUAAAGAAAUGAUGACUAACCUGAAGGCUGAAAAUAUGGAGUUCUGUACAGAUAUGGCCCAAAUCAGUGGUGGCAUGCACUCAGUUAAUACUGGGGGAUCAUCUAUUCAUGAUAGUCAGUUUAUGCUAGCAGAUAGUGGCUAUUCAUCAUAUUUUUCUAGUAACAGUGCCUUUGAAGAUGUGUCAGUUGCACUUUCAACUUAUGCUUCACAUGGAGAUCAAUCACUUUGUAUGAAAGCUGAAGGUGACAAACUGGUUACAAGUUACCAAAAUAAUUUUCAGAACAAUGAUUCUCAGUUCAAUAUUGGCCAGGAGGUGAAACAGUUACCAGAUCUUUUUCCUUCUGUGAAAUGUAAGAGUUAUGGAUCUUUCCCAUGUGAGGAUAGUUAUACAGUGAUAACUUCUGACAGAGCCAAUCAUUAUAACGAUACUGUUAAUGGAACUGCUAGUAAACUUCAAAGAAACAUGGUCUAUUUGACUGUAGACCAAUGUUUGCCCCAUGCCCAUGCUUCCAUUGCCGUUGAGCAGCAGUUUGGUUGUGUUAAGAGAGGAGGGACCGAAAUGAUUCAACAUAACCGCAUUGAUUCCCAUCAUUCUAAACGAACUGCUGAGAAUUUCUGUGUUGAGGACACUGAUGUUUGUAUCAUUGAAGACAACAGUCAUCCUGUGCCUACAAGUCAAUCUGAAGCUGUUCGUAAUUCCCUUGGUAUAUUUCAAUCUUCCAGAUAUGUUGGUUCCCAACAUUACGUGGUUGGAAGCACAAGGGUAAAGGCAUGUGAUGAGCGAAAUAUAUUACAAGUUGCAUUGCAGGAUCUAUCUCAACCAAAGUCAGAAAUUAGUCUGCCAGUUGGAUUGUUGGCGGUUCCUCUUUUGAGACAUCAGAGAAUUGCUUUAUCGUGGAUGGUUCAGAAGGAAACAUCAAGCUUAUAUUGCUCAGGUGGAAUACUUGCAGAUGAUCAGGGACUUGGGAAAACAGUGUCAACUAUUGCUUUAAUAUUGAAGGAAAGGCCUCCAAAAUUUUCUGCAUGCCCCAAUGCCCAAAAUGGUGAAUUAGAAACCUUGAAUCUGGAUGGAGAGGAUGAUGGUCUUCCUCAGAGCAGUUCGUUAAAGAAGGAAUCUGAUUCAUGCGGAGAUAUGUCAAUUAGAGAUCCAAUCAAGAGCAAGAGUUUAUCUUUGCAAGCAAAGGGAAGGCCAUCUGCAGGAACCCUUAUUGUCUGCCCCACUAGCGUCCUGCGUCAAUGGGCUGAGGAGUUGCACAAUAAGGUAACUAGCCAAGCAAAUCUCUCUGUGCUAGUAUACCAUGGAAGCAAUCGAACGAAAGACCCUCAUGAGGUGGCCAAGUAUGAUGUUGUUCUAACAACUUAUUCCAUUGUCAGCAUGGAGGUCCCUAAGCAGCCGCUAGCUGACAAAGAAGAUGAAGAGAAGGGAAUAUUUGAAGAUUCUGGGGUACCAAAUAGGAAGAGGAAAAACCCUUCUAAUUCUAGUAAAAGUGGCAAGAAGCGAUUAGACAACGCAUUGCUUGAGGCUGCUGCUCGACCUCUUGCAAAGGUAUCAUGGUUUAGGGUUGUCCUGGAUGAGGCUCAGAGUAUAAAGAAUCACAGAACUCAAGUUGCAAGGGCCUGUUCGGGUCUUCGUGCUAAGCGCAGAUGGUGCUUGUCAGGGACCCCAAUCCAGAAUGCAAUUGAUGAUCUCUACAGUUACUUUAGAUUUCUAAGAUAUGCCCCUUAUGACAUUUAUACAUCAUUCUGUUCUAUGAUUAAGAAUCAGGUUAGCAGAAAUCCUACAAAAGGGUAUAAAAAGAUACAAGCCGUCCUAAAGACAAUAAUGCUACGUCGGACCAAAGGAACAUUUCUUGAUGGGGAGCCUAUUAUAUCCUUGCCACCUAAAUUUGUAGAGCUUAAAAAAGUUGAGUUUUCAAUGGAGGAGCGUGAUUUCUAUUCGAAACUGGAGGCUGAUUCUCGUGCGCAGUUUCAGGAAUAUGCUGAUGCUGGAACUGUAAAACAAAAUUAUGUCAACAUUUUGCUUAUGCUUUUGCGCCUUAGACAAGCUUGUGAUCACCCUUUGCUUGUUAAGCGUUACAAUUCCAACACUCUAUGGAAAUCUUCUGUUGAGACGGCAAAAAAGCUUCCCCAGGAAAAACAAGUAUCCCUUCUUAAGUGUUUGGAGGCUUCUCUGGCUCUAUGUGGAAUCUGUAAUGAUCCUCCUGAAGACGCCGUUGUUUCAGUCUGCGGUCAUGUCUUCUGUAGCCAGUGCAUUUCGGAACAUCUUACUGGUGAUGACAAUCAGUGUCCUGCUGCAAAUUGCAAAAGUCGACUCAGCAUGGCUACUGUUUUUGCGAAAGCGAUGCUCAACGGUUGUAUGUCUAACCAGGGUUGUGAUAGUUCACCUGGUUCCUCUGGUUCUGAAGCGGAUGAAUCUGAGCCUUGGUCUCGGAGUCAGCCUUAUGAUUCUUCUAAAAUUAAGGCUGCACUUGAGGUUUUAAAGUCAUUAAGUAGGGUACAGUGCAUUACACCCAAAGUUAUAUCUGCACAUGGUACUCCUGCAGAAAAUAGUGAAUGCCCUGGGGUAUCCUGUGAUGUUAACAAUGGGAAAUGCUUGGAAGAUAUUCCUGAAAGUCAACAUCUCUCUGGGAAUAGUGGUUCUAAUGGCACAGGAGAGAAAGCAAUAGUAUUUUCUCAGUGGACAAGGAUGCUAGAUUUGCUUGAAGUGUGUCUUAAGCAAUCUUCGAUUCAGUAUAGAAGACUUGAUGGAACGAUGUCUGUCAUUGCAAGAGAUAAAGCUGUUAAAGAUUUUAAUACUCUACCAGAGGUUUCGGUUAUGAUUAUGUCUUUGAAGGCUGCGAGUCUUGGUCUAAACAUGGUGGCAGCCUGCCAUGUUCUUAUGCUGGAUUUAUGGUGGAACCCUACUACUGAAGAUCAAGCAAUUGAUAGAGCACAUCGAAUUGGGCAGACCCGUCCUGUGACUGUUUUGCGUUUAACCGUGAAAGAUACCGUUGAAGAUCGUAUUUUGGCUUUGCAGCAAAAGAAGCGAAAGAUGGUUGCAUCUGCAUUUGGGGAGGAUGGAACUGGUGGUCGUCAGAGUCGCCUUACAGUAGAUGAUUUAAAAUACCUGUUCAUGAUGUGAUUACAUAUACAUACAUACGGAUAGAAUUUUGAAUUUUUGGAAUGGGGAUAUUCCCCCCCUUUGGCCCUUGUUUUUGGGGAGGGGGCAGGUGCCGUCAUAGCAUUCUUUUUGGUGGCAGCAGCAACAGGACUAGGACUUUUUCUGACAAUGGAUUGGAAGUAGGUACUAGGCCUCUAACGAUGCUUGACAUGAAGAUUAUGCAUAGUACAUUUAUAGUUAGACUGAGAUAUUUCAUUCUUCGGCUUGGAGAUUUUGGUGCAAUCUCUCAUAUUUGUAUAGGGUGUAGAUGGCAGUAGCAAAGAUAGCAACAUAGAAGAUUUUAUGGAUUGUUCUUAUCAUUGUAAAUAAUAUAGAUGCUUUGCGUCUUUUUUUUUUCA